CUGUCACGGCGUGCCAUCACAUACGCUCGUUAUUUUUCGAUACUUAGCUCAGUUGUUCCAAUACGCCUAGCAGUCGGACCACAUUCGCGGUUCUCAAAAGUCACUCAUGAUGCCUCGAGGUCGACCAAAGCGCAACAGCACUGCAGCUCCUGCAGCAGCAACUGCUCACGAGCUUACCACACCGAUGGAGCCCAAACGUGGUCGAGGUAGGCCUCGCAAGUCUUUGGCAUCGACUACAUCAACUUCAUCAACACCUCAAGGUAGACCCACCCCUACGCGAAGGUCAGGUCGAGCAUCUGCUUCCACCACGGCUAUGAGCGAGGCAGGCUCGUCAGUACCAGUCACUGGUGACGAUACAUCGGAAAGCGACCCUUCUACACCUCCUACCAGCAAAUUCCCGACUCCGGUUGCCGCCGACAUCCCAGAAGCCUUGAAAUCACACAUUGAGGUCAGGAUCCCGUCCGGCGGCCCUGCGCGACAGCGCCAUGACCACAACAGCGAGUACGCAAUGAGGCCACGAACGACCAUUGCAGACAGCGAAGGAGAAGAAGACGACGAAGACUCGUUUCACAGCGCUGUUGACUACAAAAUCGCCCAGGAACUUCAGAACAUCGAUGAUCAGAAAGCGGGAGCUUCGAAUCCAUCCGCCACUACGAAGCGCGGCAGAACCUCUACUGUUUCAUCCGUCACAAAUGGCCACCCCUCCAAAAAAGCAAAGACCUCGCACAGCGAGCUCGAUGUUGAUGAUGAUGCUGCGCUGGCCCUUCGAUUGCAGAAUGAUGAAUACAUCAAAGAUUCAGAGGCCGACUCAGACGCCGAUUCGGAGGAUGAUAUGCCUUUGAGCGCUACCCGUAAGAGGCGCGCGGCUAUCAUCAACCCCGGAGUUGGAGCAGAAUUGUCCGGUGAUCUCCUGAGUGCCGAGUCUGAUAAUCUGCCCCCUGGCUACGCUGCGACGGAAUCUAGUGCGAUAUCGUCCAUCGGCUCGGGGCUGGAUUCCGCUCCUACUAGUGAUUCGGAGUCAAUUUCCAAUGCCCCUGUGCGCCGCAUCACAGAGACUCGACGAGGAUAUGUAAGGUCUCGUCACGUCGGCCGGGCUCGGAAAGAGCGCGACAGGCUCGAAAAACACCAUUCUGAGAUUCUCACAAUGUGGGAUGAUUUGCGGGCUAAGCCAGUCAUUAAUGCUGGCAAAGCUGAGCAGCCACCGAAUAUUUCACGUCGACUGAAGCCGUUCCAGCUUGAAGGUCUUGCUUGGAUGAAAGAGAUGGAGAAGCAGGAAUGGAAAGGCGGCCUUCUCGGCGACGAGAUGGGUCUAGGAAAGACCAUACAGGCUGUGUCGCUCAUCAUGUCUGAUUAUCCAGCCAAGCAACCGUCUCUCGUGCUGGUUCCUCCAGUUGCCCUGAUGCAAUGGCAGUCUGAGAUCAAGUCAUACACUGAUGGGACCCUCAAAACAUUCGUCUUCCACGCGACCAACCAACAAGUCAAAGGCAUCACCAUCAAGGAACUCAAGAAGUACGAUGUCAUCAUGAUGUCGUACAACAGUCUUGAGUCCAUGUACCGGAAGCAAGAAAAAGGCUUCACGCGCAAAACUGGCAUUCACAAAGAGCAGAGUGUAAUCCACUCAUUACAUUUCCAUCGGAUCAUUCUCGAUGAAGCACACAGCAUCAAGACCCGUAGCACCAUGACUGCGAAAGCCUGCUUCGCUCUGAAGACAGACUACAGGUGGUGCUUGACAGGUACUCCUCUGCAGAACCGCAUUGGUGAGUUUUUCUCGCUUAUACGCUUUCUCAACGUCAAGCCGUUUUCCUCGUACCUGUGCAAGCAAUGCCCUUGCUCGACGAUGGAGUGGUCGAUGGAUGAGGAGCGAAGAUGCUCGCAAUGCAACCACUCGGGCAUGCAGCAUGUAUCGGUCUUCAAUCAGGAGCUUCUCAACCCCAUCCAGAAAUACGGCAAUAUGGGGCCUGGCCGAGAGGCGUUCCAAAAGCUUCGCCUCAUGACUGAACGCAUCAUGCUCCGGCGCCUCAAAAAAGACCAUACCAACUCGAUGGAAUUGCCUGUGAAAGAAAUUCAGAUUGACCGGCAAUUCUUUGGCGAGGAAGAGAAUGAUUUUGCCAAUAGCAUCAUGACGAGUGGCCAACGCAAGUUUGAUACCUACGUGGCCCAAGGUGUUUUGCUCAACAACUACGCCAACAUCUUUGGUCUCAUCAUGCAGAUGAGACAAGUCGCGGAUCAUCCGGAUCUUAUCCUGAAGAAGAACGCCGAUGGUGGGCAGAAUGUCCUUAUUUGUUGCAUCUGCGACGAACCAGCUGAGGACACGGUCAAAAGUCGCUGCAAGCACGACUUCUGUCGCGCCUGUGUCGCUGGAUACGUCAAAUCUACUGAUACCCCUGACUGCCCGCGAUGCCACAUCCCCCUGGCUAUCGACUUGGAGCAACCAGAGAUCGAACAGGAUGAGAACCACGUCAAGAAAUCGUCGAUUAUCAAUCGCAUCAAGAUGGAGAACUGGACCUCUUCGUCAAAAAUUGAGCUUCUGGUUCAUGACCUACAUCAGCUCCGCUCGGACAACGCUACCCACAAAUCCAUCAUCUUCUCGCAGUUCACCACCAUGUUGCAGUUGAUUGAGUGGCGCCUCCGUCGUGCCGGCAUCACGACUGUCAUGCUCGAUGGAAGCAUGACUCCAGCCCAGCGCCAGGCCUCGAUUGAACACUUCAUGAACAACGUGGAUGUUGAAUGCUUUUUGGUUUCGCUGAAAGCUGGCGGAGUGGCCCUGAACCUGACUGAGGCAUCCCGCGUCUUCAUCGUUGACCCCUGGUGGAAUCCCGCUGCAGAAUGGCAAUCGGCUGAUCGAUGCCACCGUAUCGGCCAGACUCGUCCUUGCACAAUCACCCGGCUGUGUAUCGAAGAUUCGGUGGAAAGUCGAAUGGUUCUGAUCCAAGAAAAGAAGACGAACAUGAUUCAUUCCACGGUGAAUGGCGAUUCCAAGGCCAUGGAAUCUUUGACGCCCGAAGACAUGCAAUUCUUGUUCCGCGGAAGUUAAUUGCCUCGUCUGCUUUGGAAGUCCAGGAUCAUUCUUAUUUAUCCCCCGGCGGCUUUUAUCUGAUAUUAUAUUACUUAGGCAGGAGACAUUUUGGUCCUCUACUAUUGCAGCAUGGCGUUCACGGUUG